ACCCUGACAACAUGACACCACGCACGCGAACGAGCAACAAAGAUGCAAAUUAUAAAAUCUACUACUCGAAGAAAGUGCCCAAGCAGGUAUAUUUCCCUCAUAAGAAGAAGACAGUGCGCAGACCGGAAUCAGCAGAGCAAGAUGGAGUCGAAAAGAGGCAAAUGAACUUCUUACCGAAGAAGAUGAGGCAACAAAAGUCUGAGGCUGAGGAAGGGACAGAGGGGGAGAAAACAGAGGAAGAGUCGAUAAUGCAAGAAGCAGCGACUGAAGAGACUGCAAAGAGCACACCAGUGAACAGAAGGAGGAGCAAGAAGCGCAACAGCAAUGAUGUAGGGGAGGGGUCUGUCUCGGAUGAGGAACCCGUCACUACCUCGUCGAAGCGCCGAAGACGAACGACAGCGCCGAAAGAGGAACCCAGCCGCACGCUUCGACGACAGUCCACGAUGACGCAACUAGCGGACGGACGAAGACCUUCAAUAAGCGCUGACGAGCCCGAUUUCAAGCUCGUAAAGCGACGCUCACGAGUCAGUUGGGGUGGAGUAGGCACAGAGAGAGAGAGGGACAAGAAGCAGCGAACGCUUACGCAGAUGAUACCGGGCAUGGGACGUUUGAGCAAGAAAGAGCUCGAAGAGAUGAGCGAUCUGGAUGCAGAAUUAGAGGAAGAUCAGACAAGCAACGACGUGGUAUCGCAGUCUCUCAUCGAGCAAGGUCUCCUUGAGCUUGACGGGCCCACCCAUGGAGCAGCCGCUGUACAGCAAUCUGGCGACGCCGAGGACGACUCUGCCAAAGUUCGAGAGGAGAAUGAACAUGAUCUGCCAAUCGUAAUGCAAGAACAAGCUUCUGUCAUUAUACAAUCAAUAGAAGGCAUGGCCGAAGACGAUGAUGAGGAAGACUACCAACCAACACAGUUUAUCGAAGCGCCUUCUCGGAGGACCAGACAGACACCACGGAGGACGGCAACACGACAGCCCUCGAGUAAGGCAGAUAGACCUGAGAAGUCCGCAAAGUCGAGAUUCAACCUGCUCUCUACGCCUGAGAAGCGCCGUAUCUUCGAAAUACCCUCAUCACAAUCGCCGGCUGAGUCCGUCCUAUCCACUCAGACUUCUCCGCAGAAAUCUAAUAGAUCCAUUUUACGACAAUGCACAACCAACAUGACCAUUGUCGCAGAGACGCCAUCCAAGCGCAGGCAAGUCACCUUCCAGGAGCAUACCGUUCAGCGUGCACCACCUGCCAGUUUGAGGAAGUUUGAGAGUACCAUUCAAGACUCUGAAGAUGAGGAAGGGAGUGAUAUUGGGGAUGAUAUCACUGAGCAGGACCAGAUGGAUGGCGCAAACCAGUCUAUGCACGGUCAAGCCAUCGGUGCAGAUACACAGGCGGUGCUCCAACAAAUUGACCUAGCAUGUGCGAAUGAGGACGAUAAUCUACAUUUGGAUAGCCGAGGAUCUUCAGGAGAGCCAGAGGAGCCAUCCGUUCGACAAAGACCGCAUCAGUCUUCACCUGAGUUGGGAGAGUCCUGGGCGCCCGUCAUCUACGACGAUGAUGGACCGGGGUACGGCUCAUACCGGUCUGCGCAUUCUGGAUCCAAGUCGCAGUCACUUCGAGAUGCGGACGCUUCGAAAGAGUCCCUUCCAGUGCUUGAUCAGACGAAUGAGAUCAGCCAGCUGGAUAUGACCACCCAGCUCGUGCCGGCUGAUAACAUCCCCAGCACGCCGCCAAUGAUACAACCACAGCCAGACGAGGAUCUUCCAUCAACACCAAUGGUAAUUGGAGAUAAAUCCUCCGAGGAAGAAGACGCCGAACCAGAGCCAACGCCGCCACGCACGGUACAGCGCAUCGUACCUCAGCCUUUAUCAACCCUGCUACACCAAUCCACAGAUUUGGACGGCGAAUCUGUGCAAGUACCACGCUCGCCAUCUGCGGACCGUGAAACGCAGCAGUCCCACUCGAGUAAAGCAGAACAGCAGCUCCAGAGUGAGUGGCUAUCGUACUCGCAAUAUGUCCAUGCGCGCGCACCCAACUCGUCAAGCAUGCACGCCGCAGCCGAUGCAUUCAGUUGCAACGCCACCCCUCAACUCCUAAGGACAGGUGCAUUGGUUGCCUCAUCAGCGCGCGUUCAACACAGCCAAGCUACAACGGUCGACGAAGUCACGCCGAGGAAGAACAGGACGCAGCGAGUAGUUAGCGCAAAUACGACGCCACACAGAAUCUCGAAGUCGCAGCCAUUCGUCUCGCCGGAGAAGCCACCGUCGCUGUUUAUACCGAGUAGCUUCCCGAGUCCGUCGAGAGCGGCCAUGGGUGGAUGGAGUAGUCCUGUGAUGGCGAGGACGCAGAAUGGGUAUGGGAGUAGUCAGGUAUUGGGGAGUUUGGAGGACUUUAGUAUUCCUCUGCCGCCGCCGGUUGAGGAUGAUUGAAGAGCCUGGGGUCUGUUAGUGGUUAGAGA